GAAUUUGGAUGAAAAUGUUUCUCAAUGUAACGUUGGCCAUUGUAAUGGUGACGUGAAACUUCUUAGGAACAGUGCGAUCCUCAAAGAACCCAAUAUGAUCUGUCCUGAAAGUCCUUGGGAAAAGCAGUCAUGUGUCACUCCAUCCACGAUAAAAGUCCUAAAAAGGCCUACUCACUGCAAUAGAUUUCAGUGUAAGCAAAACUUGAAAGCCUUGGCCAGUAAAGAAACAGUAGAAAGACUGGAAAAGAAAAGAGACGUAGACCAUCAUUUUGAGUUCGAUGUUGGGGGUGAAAAUAUAGUCUCCUUCAUAUGUAGCCCUCCGAAUUCACAAAGGGGAAAGCAGUCAAGUGAACCAGGUAGUACUACUGAUUCGGCUGACGAAGACUCUUCUCUUUCUUCUUCCAAAUACUCCGCGCCAAGUUUUAAGAGCGAUUCUUCAAAAGAUAGUCAUUACAAUGAUACAUUCCGAAAUGGUACACUGCAAGAUCAUGGCAAAACGAAAAUCAGUCAAUCCAAUCUGUCGCAUCUGCCUACAACAUCAAGUGUUGUUUCAUUACGAGAGAGCAAAUCCAUGUUCAACUGUUCCUCUUUGAAUUUGAAGUUAAACGAAAAACACUCCGAGAGAUGUAUUAACAUCUUCGGGUCCUUCAAUUCCUCGCGUACGUUCAACAGUGAUGAUGGUGUUAGUUUGAAAUCCCAUAAAAACCAUGAAACUAUAAUGUUUCGAGAAACAGCUUUAAGGGGAUGCUAUGACAUUGAGAAUAUUCUCAAAGAGUCCAAGUCUGCAUUACCUCAUGUUGAGAUGGAAGUGGACAAAACGACGAAAGCGAUUUUUGCAGCGGUGAGGCUACAAAAGGAAAACGAAAGUAUUGUUUCGGACACUGCCUUAUCCGUCAUAGAUAUUUGUAAUUCAUGGAUCAAGCUUAGUGCUCAUUUCGAACGACAAGAGUUCAAACAUUUAUUGGAAACCCGUAAUAUUGAUCACUCUAUACUAGAGGAAUUCGCACAAUGGCAAAGCACCUCUAGACUGUUCGUUGACCGGCUGAUACGUGUGCUGAAGGAGUUGUCAGCCAGAAAUGUUCCAAAUUCAAAUGGAUGCUACGAAUCAAUGAUCCCCUCAAGACCUGCAAUAGCUGCUGUAGGCUCUCAUUUGCAACAAAGAAAAGAUCCUUUGUCCAAAGCUGGCCAAUUUCAAACUCCGAUUCCCAAUACAACAGUUGCAGACGCAAACGUUCAAGAAAGACGUUGGAAACAACGCCGAUUCCUCUCGGAAAGAAUGGAUUCAGAAAGAAUGGCAAUGGAGAAUAAAAAAUCUUCCAAACUCAAUUUUACUCCAGGUGGACUAAAACAGAAAUUUUCAUCGACGAAUGAUCAUAAAAACUACCCAAUCUUGGGACGGGGUGAAGGUGAUGUUAAUGUUAAUUUCGAUCUGUCUAAAGUAAGUAUGGGAUCAUCAAACAACUGUCAAUUGACUCAACAUGGAGUAAGCUUGUUUCCAUCUGCACCACAACGUCAAAACUGUUACAAUUCAGGCUUCUUUGAAGGCAAUCUUAGUACACCCAAUGGAAAUCUUUUCAACAUUGGAUGUGAAACAAGCUCUGUGCCUCCUGCAAACGAAAUGUGUGCUUCCUUUGGGAACCCAUUUGCCCUCUCCAUGAGCAACUGUUUUCCAGUGAAUAUCCAGCAGACGAUGCCUGUAACCUCUCCUCUAAUCAAUAACCAGUUUUCCCACGUCAACUCCAAUCCUUACCAAAAUGCUGUCAGCAGCUGUUUGGAGAAGCCAAAGCCAAACCCGAUACUCUGUACUGACCUUGAUUUUGAUGGAAACCUAGCUAAAAACAGUUAUAUGAAACCUGGCCAAUAUGCUCCACCACAGAAACCACCUUGUAUUCAGAAAACGGUGAGUAAUUCUGUUCCUAUCUCAGAUAUUCCAAUUGUCGGAAUCCCUUUCCUUUACACUACUCAACAGUCCGACUCUCAACAGCCGAGUAUCGAGUUACAAACUGGAUAUUCGAAAUUAAAAGUAUCAAAAUGUAUCGAAGAUACUGAUAACACCCUUGUAUCAGACAAUUCUAUGGUAGGGUGUUUAAAAGAAUCGUAUUUAGGUAAUAACGUGGAUGACGUUUCAAACUUGAAGUCUUCUGAAGUGUCUACAACGUCACACUUUCUGCUUGACGACAACAACUGGAACGGUUUAAUUGGAGACGACAUGAAAGUAAAUAACGAUUUCGAUAUCUCAAGUCCUUCGAGCAGUGGUAGUUCUGAAACCGAUCCAUCAAUAAUUGUCGAGCUGAAAAAUAAAUCGACAGAUUGGCUAGUUGAUUCGUUAAAGAAAAUUUCUCUAGAGGGUGAACAGUCGUUGAAGAGUUCUGCUGUGGAAGAUAAAGUACAAGACCAAGUUGAACGGACUAACCCAAGUGACGGUUGUAACGGACAAGAUAAACAAAGUCUUCAACCUCAAUUUGCGUUGACCCAUUCUACACGAGAUGUUACUGAACAAAACAAAGACGGUAUGGUACAAAAUAACCCUGAGAAACCCAUCCAACUAUUAAAAACUAACACUGAACACUAUCAAAAGAAACCAAAGAAGAUCAAAAAUGGACGAGAGUCUUAUAACUUGGCGGAUCGAAGAAGUCAUUCAAGUCACGGUAGACCAGAGACUAUGGUGUUUGCAACUUCUAUGAGCGACAAAGUCACGUGCCAACUUGAAGAAAUUCUGAACUGCAUUUGGAAUACGCCAGCUGCUACUUUGAUCGAAGAUGGAAUCAGAAAUGAAAAGGAGGGGGCAAGGCUGGAGCUGAGGGUGAGAAGUCCCCUGUAUUUUCAAGCGAUGAGAUGCAAGUUAAGCAACAGAAGCUAUGACACUUUGGAUCAGGCGCUCUCGGAUUUUCACCAAUACUUCAUUGACAUUAGAAGUAGAAACAAGGGAGAUAAAAUGUGCAGCGACGCGGUCGAUGCUUUGGAACAGAUAUUUUUCGAUCAGGUGGAAAAACAUUUUGGCCUCACAUACCAAGCUCUGUCCCAAAAUGGCUGCCACUUUGGUGAAAACACAAUCAACAAGGCUAGAAAACAAAAGAAAACGCCCCGGAGAUUUUGACAUUGAUCAAGAUCUGAUUUUUAGCGUUUUCAUAGACUUUUUAGGAAUUAUUUUCUCGAGUUUUUUGCAGUACCUGAUCAUUUAGUUUUGUUCUUUUUCUGUGAUAUGAAUACUAGUUGAUAUUUAUUGUUAGGUAACCUUAUAAAUUGCAAUCGUCUUAAGUUUUUUUCUUAUUAGAAGAAAUGACGCUUGAAAUAUAGUUAAAAAUCGUAUAUUAAUUGUCUUCGUGGUGAAGUAUAGUGACUGCCACAGUGUUUUGUUAUUUAUAUUUUUCUUUUACUCGAGCUUCGUUCUCGUGAUCUAAGUUUGGUUUUACCGUUCGAAUUUUUGAUUCUUUUUAGGUGUAUUUCUUUGGAAAUUGUCCAUCGUAAGAUUUGUUGUAUAGCGUAUUUUUGUACUAAC